AUGUCUUCGAAUUUCUUGAUUAUGAUAAUUUUGGGAACUAUGAUGUACACAACUUAUGCUCGAAAGCUUAUCGGAUUAGAUUUUCCCGAUAAUUAUAAUAAUAAUGUUUCACAAGUUACAGGCUCAUUUGGAGGAGAAGAAUUAGAUCUUCCCAAUAACAAUAAUAAUGUCCCACAAGCUAGAGACUCAAUGGGAGGUUAUGGAGUAAGUUAUUCCAAUAAUUAUGAUACUAUUCCACAAGAUACAAACUCAGUUGGAGGUGGAGGUGGAAUUGGAGGAUUUGGUUUUCCUGAUAAUUAUAAUAAUAACAAGGUUUCACGAGUUAGUGGCUCAUUUGGAGGCGGAGGUGGUGGUGGAGGACAUGUUGGUCCUGGUGGCAUAGAUUUUGGAAUAGGUGUUGGUGUUGGAGGUGAAGUAAGUGUACCCGGUGUUGGAUCAAUUGGUGGUGGUGGAGGUGGCGGAAUAGGUGGAAGCAUAGGCCGAGAUGGUUCGGUAUCUAUGGGAGGUGGUGGAGGUGGAGGCAUUGGUGGUCGAAUAGGUAAUGUAGGCUUUGGGGGCGGGCAAGGUUUUGGUGGUGGCCAAAGUUUUAAGGGAAUUCCUAAUUAA